GAAUCGGAGGAGACGAUCACCGUAGCCGCAGAGAAUACGCGUCCGAGACGCACAAUCAUCCGAUCGCGAAGAGCGCUCGAGACGCUCGACCUCAACACGCAGACGACAGACACGCAGACGAUAAGCAACAGCACAGCGAUGGAGAUCGUCGUCGACGAUAGCGAAUGA